AUGAGCAGAACAACAGAGGACGAGGGUAGUUUGUGGAGUGCAAUUAUCCACUAUUUGCCCGAUUAUCAAUUCUCCUCUUGUAAUAACACGAAUGUCCCAUUGGAAACAUCCGCAACAGUUUUGGCAGAGGAGGAGAAACGAUAUUCUGCAGAUAAAAGGCCAAGCAUCUCGUCAGGAGAAAAUGAAAGAGAAGAAAAGCAUUACAGAGGAGUAAAGCUUGUUAAGUCUCGCCGAAAAUAUGCUGCGGAGAUUAGACACCCAGAAAAAAAGGGCUCAAGACUUUGGCUAGGUAGCUUUGACACAGCGGAAGCAGCUGCAGCGGCAUAUGAUCGUGCGGCUUUCCGGAUGCGCGGUUCUAGAGCUAUUCUCAACUUCCCUCUCAACGUUGAGUCCGGCAUGUAUUUUGAUGUCUUUUCUCAAAUCUCUUCUUCUCAUACUCCAUCUGACAUGUCAACUGGAAAGAAGAGAAAAAGGGCAGAUAAAGCUCAAGCAUCCCAAGAAAUGGGUUCUGAUAAUCCAUAG